ACUGGUAACAUGCAACGUCGCGACGUUGCAAUAAUAAAACGCCCAAUUUAAACCGGAAGUGUGUAGCCAAGCGAAAAAGCGUAUACGAGUUAAUUCGGAAAAACAAAGUGGGGUCAAACAAUCGAAAGCGUUCUUAUUGAGUGAUUUACGAUAAAAGAAACGUCGAGAGACCCGAUAAAUCUCAUCCGUGAUGAUACGACAGUGAUUUUUUUAGUAUCGCUCCGAGUUUGAGACGACAGAAAAACAAAAGCGGCUCUCUGAGAUCCGUCGGCCGAAUAUUCCGGACGACAAUCAGUGUGAACACUUUAUUGAAAAAGCAUGUGCAAUAUAUCAAGUGUUGAGUGUUUUGGAAAUGUUUAAACCGUCGUAAUACAUUUCUGCACGGAAAUAUUGCGAAUUUUGGGUGUUCCGUUGGGAUCUUCGUUUUUGUUAUUCCAAUACAACGGUAUUGAAUCAGUUUUACACAACCGCAGACGAAAGAGCGCCGAAAAUGUAGCGCCGUCGGUAAAGGGACUGGGCGCCGGAAAAGGUUGAAAGUAAACAUCGAGUAUCCCGCGUAGAAACAAGCGGAUAAACUAUCUCGUUGCAUUUUGCUCUCCAUUAUUUUUUAUUUUUUUUUCUCCAUUUUUUGAGUGCGCUCCUUCAGUGAGGGAAUAUUAAGUGACGAUUUUCUAUGUGAGUUCAUACACCGUUGGCCAAUGAAAGUGACCGCUCUUCCCAACGAUAAAUCGUCGAGCAGUCUCAAAGGAUUUUUUCGUGCUACGAUCGGAGAAACGGAUUUGAGAGAUUGAAAAUUUGGUGUUUGGCGAUACAAAUAAAAGGAGCGAGGGAAGGACACGUGAUGAUAUAGGAUUGUAGACGGUGGAGUCAUCCGCCCAGUCAUCACAGUGGAGUUCUGCUUUAUCGCUGCCUCGGGAGGGGGUGGUCCGAUGUUGGUCCCUCCCGUGGUUCAAGGGGGUACGGGGAGCCGUCAGGUCGGGGACACAGGUGGAAACCGGGGUCAACAAUCCACGGUUCCCAGUGCUCCCGCAACUCUUUGGCCACUCGCGCCGAGCCAGCACAACCAAACAGCCAGUCAACAAUCUCACGCGACUCCACCACUCGCCGCGACCCCUUUACCGGCACACAAUCAAGGUGUCAGCCGUUAUGGACUUUAUUCCUUAUUUCCAGGGGGUGGCGGAGCGAGCUAUGUCGCUGCUACUCCUGCCACCCCCAGCAGUACCUCGGCUCGGGCUUACCACGCAACAACUCACAAGGAAAGAACAGUUUCAGAGAGCGUAUUCUCAGCGGCUGUCGGGGUUGGGGUCGGUGGUUACACCUGGGGCGCUCCCACGCCACCCCCGGGCUCACCGUACAGUCCUGUACCCGUGACUCAGCUCGAACUACUUGCCAAGAAUCUGGCGAGUCUGGCACCGCAUCACGCGACCGGUCAUCAGCAAACAUCUCAUCAGGCUCAUCAGUCCCUGAGCUUACAAGGCGCUGUGGGGGUUAACGUUGCAGCUGCUGCAGCCGGUGCGAGUCUACAUCAUGCCCAGCACACUCAACACACCCUCAAUCUCGCCGGUCUUCAUCAUCUUCAUCACGGUGAGUCGACGAUGACGACGACAUCGGCGACCUCCUUUACGUCCAAGUUUAUUGACGAGCAUACGCUCACCUUCGGAGGUCUCCAUCAAAACGCAUUCUCGCCUCAAUUAUCACUGGUGACGGCGGGUACACCGACGUUAACUAUAAACAGCUUCUCGUCACCGAGUAACAGCCAACAGGGGAGCGUCGUUCCAACGACCGGUGUACUCCUUCACCAGGAUUAUCAGACUCAGACUCAGGCAAUAACGAGCACCGGAUGUACGACGGCGGUCAACGUUUCGACGAUACCGAGUGGCUCGACUUCGAGUUCUAUGAGCACGAUGCUCGUACAGGCUGGUGCACAUAAUGGUAACAAUACCGGUGGCUUUCUUCAACAAACGACUAGCUGCAGCAGCAGCAGCAGUAUGAAGAAACUCGAGAACUUUGGCACUGUACAAACUACGACCACCGGACAAACGGUCAAGUUGGAGAACAAAACUCGCCAGCCAUGUAUAUGCAAAAGUAAUAACGGCAAAACGAAAUUGGUCCAUUCCGAUGCCGGCUGUAGUCGCACCCUGCCAGUUGCCUCGUCCUGGAACAGUCAAACGGAGGGAAUGACUCUGUGCACGAGCAAUUCGAAUAAUAUAGUUACGGGUACAACGACGACGGGAGUCGUGAACGCGAGUCUCGUGAAGCGAGAGCCUAUGACAACGGUACCGUGUCAAGUAGCCGAAGUCUCGACCUCCCUUCACGCGACAACGACCGCUGUUAAGAUCGAGCCUAUGCCGACAAAGUCCGAAAAUGGAAUCGUCGUCUCAACAGCAGGAUCUGGCGGAAUUCCGGUUGGUAUCGCAGUCGCGCGACAGAGACUACAGCACCAGGAAACAACGUCGUCGUCGAUGCGAAACGUAUCACUGAGUCAUCACACCUCGCAUCAUGCGAGCUACCACCAUUUUCAACCUGACAAUCUCGGCUCCGCAACAGCUAUGACCAUGGGAGGAGCCACCCUGGUGCACUGCGGAAACAGUGGGGAUGAACGUCCAGCCCAUCUCACCAUUCCCUCUGGUAGCCUCGCACCCUCUCUCAACGCAGCUCUUGGCUCUACACUCAAUUCUGGCCUCGGUAAUAUCGGAGGUGCGGGAAAUCCCCCUGCCGCCGGGACGACGGCUGCCUCCUGGCCACCGACGAUCUGGCAAUAUCCGACAGCAGCAAUGCCUGCAAUGGAGCCCGUUGGUUUUCCACAAAUGGGAGUCGGUCUACAGAGUGGUCUUCAGGGUGGUUUGCAGCUUGUCAGAGAUCCGACUAGUGGACACCUCUUACUUAUACACGCAGCUGCAGGAUUUUCUCAUUCAGCUGAACAGAUGCAACAGGCUGUUGUAUGGCCGAAUUAUCCGAACCACAACGGUCACAAUAUCGGACCACCCCCACUUUUACUUCCGCCGCCACCGCAACCGCCGUCACUUCAACUUUUGAGCGACAUUGGAGGUGCCAGAUUUGUACUGACUGAAAACAAGAGGAAACAACAAAGCACUGUACCAAUCGUCAAGAUCGAGGCUGAUUGUGGCAGCAGUCCAACAACUAUUAUUGCAUCCGCGGAAUCGAGUAAAACCCUCCAGACCGUGACGUCGAUGGCAAGUGCUCUCAUGCCGGACGCCCCUCUUCUGACAACCCUUCACUAUUAUCCUCACGCUCCGGCCCUCGUGCAGAUAAGCCAAGCAGAGCAAACGCACUGCACAUCACAGCAACGACAUACGUUUCUGUCGAAAGCAACAUCCCCAGUUUCGUGUCUCACACCACCACCAGAAGUGUCGCAAAUUCAUGCGAUUGAGCCACCCGAAACGACGCCGAUCGGGGUUCAAGAUGCGUCCAACCAAACUGACGGUGUCGAGACCGAUGACGAACAUUUGCCGAAUGAUUCUUACGUCAAGCAAGAACACUGCUCAACGCCCUGUCAAUCUGUGAUGACGAAUCCCACGAGUUUUGAUUUAGUUUCCUCGAGUCACGAGCGCACAAAAGCACCGUUGGGUAUGAUCCCCUUAACGAACAAUACUCUCAUCGACCAAUCGAUGAUCGCACAAACGGCGUGCAACCUCAUCGGUAAGUUCGAAAAGUCCGAAAACACUGUGAUAAAUGCUGCUGACUGCACGAGAUAUGCAACGACGACCUCUGUCACGACGAUAACCCGGUGCGGCAGCGAAAUCAACUCAGUCGAUCGAACAAUCGAGAGUGUCGUUAGCUGUCGUUCGAUCAAUGACGAUGAUGCUAAUCUUGAUGAGGAAGAUUCAUUGAAUAUCGAUGAAGAAUCUGGUUGCGAGGACAGAGUAUCAAGAAUAGGUUCCAGAGUUAUUGAAAUAACGGAAGAAAACUGUGACAGCUUUCAUGAGAAUCUCGAAUUUUUUGGUCGCAGACGUGAUCCCGUUGAACAGAUAAGGAAACCCUUCUAUUCUGAGGCGAUGCUUAACGAAGAGAGAGCUUUGGAAAUAAAAAGGAACGAGGAUUCUAUAAGUAUGCUGGAAACGAGUGAUGAGAUAACGAGCAAGCAGGAAGACGAGCAAAUUUCGGUCGGCAGCCCUCAAAUUGCAAAUCAUGCGGAAAAUGCCGAAGAAAAUUUGCACAAAGAAGUUGCAACCUCAAAGGAACUUGUUGUUCCCUCUGUAUGUGAAGAGAGUGCUCGAGACUGCGAUGAUAGGGGGGAGAGCGUGGUCGAGUCAACGAAUCCACCGAUUGUCGAGGAGCCCUCACAAGUAUUCGGUAGAUCGUUUGACAUGCCGUCCAUCGAUUGCGACGAAGAACGUGAAACUUUGGCAGUGAUUGUAGUCAAACAGGAAAAAGACGAUGAAACGAUUGGCCAUGAUUCACAUUCUGGAACUAAUGAUGCUUCCUCACAGGCCGAAAAAUCACUGCGUCACGAAAGAAAACAGUCGGUCGAGAGAUUUCAUCCUGGUAUUGAAAACGUUGUGGAAAAAUUGAAGAAAAAUGCCGCAGCAGCACUGCAUGAUCAUCAGGCAGCUUAUAACUCUGAAAAUUCAAGAGAGGGACAAUCAGAGAUUGAAAGAUCUCCGUCACACCUCGAACAGCCAUCCAGAAAACUGGAAAAUGGCUUGAAGAAAAUGUUACUGCGUUCCCAUGAGAAUUCAGCGAAUUCCGAGCACUUUUCAAGCUCGAUGUCUCUGGAAACUCAUCCCAAAAUUAUUCAAGCCGAUUCGUUUGGCAAAGGAGUCUGCUCAAAAACCUGGUUACCCACUGACAAUAACAAUGACAUCAGCAGUAACAAUCAUAAUUUGAAGAUCACUGAUAAAAACACUAACGAUGCGAUUCUUAAAGGAGGAAAAAUAGCACCCAUUUAUCCGUCUUCCAACUCAGUUAAUCAGGAUGAAGAGUAUCCUCGAGAAUUUUCCAGUAAUAAAUUAUCAACCAAGAUUGAAGCUGACCAAACGAUCGGGAGAAAAUAUGAUCUCACAAGCAAACCCAGUUUCGUGAAUGAAAUAAUCGAUUCUAAGCAUUCGAGUCAACGGGAUGAAACUAAAAAUUGUAUCGACGAUCAAAUAGUUAAGCUUAAAGCACCGGAAAAACCUAAGCAGAAUGUGGACCUGAGUGGUCUCGAACUUUUAUCCAAUAGCAUUGCUCAGUACGAGCAUCUUGUUCCAGGAACUCCAGGGUAUGAGGAUCACGUGAUGAAUUCAUCGGAUCAACAGUCACAGCAAGACGAAAGCAAUAAUAACGAAGUUGACAGUCCUCUGGGUCUCUUGUGUGCGCUGGCGGAGCAAAGAUUCAUGGAAGAAGUUGGUUCCAGUGGAUCCAAAAAGCCGAAAGAGUAUGUUGAUAAUUCCGAGGAGAUUUCUCAAGCUGGACGGCUUUUGUUGAAUUUGGGUAAAUGCUCGGACAACGAGAGAAAGAGAAAAAGAUCAUUGGUCGAUGAAAAUGAAGAAGACGGAAUAGAUAAAUCAAAGCGAAUUCGCGAAGACAGCACCGGAAGGGAAAGUCCCAGUGCUGAAUAUACUCCUCGGUUUGUUGAUAAAUAUAGCAAAGCUCGAAGAUUCGUUGCAAAAUCGAGAGAAGACACGCUUUACGCUGACAAAACUCGAAGGAAUAGCGUAUCGAUGGUGAAUAACGAGGUAGCUCCAACAACGAAUGGAACGAAGAGAAAUUACGUGGAGAACGAAGUGGAAUUCACUGAUUCUGAAGCUGAGAAUAUUGACGCUCGUGUUUGUCCGCUGCGGUUAUCGAUUUCAAGGGAGGAUUCAGAAAAAUGCGAUCUAACAACAGCAGAGAAUCCGAAUGGAAAUGAUCAAGAUUGGCCAAACAUGGAUGCAAUGGAGUUGGACAUGAGAGUGAGAAUGGCAGAUAUACAGAAGCAGUACAAAGAAAAGCAGAAAGAACUUCUAAAAUUACCACCGAAGAAAGAUGAGAAGAGAAGUCCCGGGCGGCCGAGAAAAAAGAGUCAAACGAGUUCUGACUACGGUAGUAUGGAUCUCAACGCUUCACCUCCGAAGUCACCCAUUGACGAGGCUCUGGAUAACGCUAAUCAGCAGCCUCUUACAUCCAUGCCAAAUCUUGCGAUUCCCAGGUGCAACGUUAAUCUUGUUAAACUUGGCGAACCCAGGAGCCAUAUCAAAUUGUUGGAUAACAUACCAAGCAUUCCAAUACCGGUUCCUCCUGUAGCAUCACCGAUUACCGUGCUACCGGCUGCUAAAUUGAUAACAGAAGAUGAAGACAAAAAUAGUUUAGCGUUGGGAUACGAGACAGCUUCGUCGUCAGCGCCAACAGUUGCUAGUUCGAGUUCGGCAUCGAAGAAGCGAAAAGUUGGAAGACCAAGAAAGCUCAUGUGUAGUUCCGGGAGUGCGAGACAUUUGACGGAAACUAUAGUCGCGAAGAAACCGAAGAGCAAAAGUUCCCUCGUGGGUUAUCUAAUGACAUCGAAAAACAGACACUUGCAAAAUAAGUUCCUUGGUAAAUCCGGCUACACGCCACUUCCAUUCAAGUCUGGUAUUGCGGGUAACAAGAACUCCAAGUCCCAUAAAAUCGCGAAAUCAAAGGUCAAACCGGUCAAGCAAACCCCGUUGCACAACAAGAACGUGAUAAGUUCUAUUAUAGCUGAGAAAGCGAAACUCAGCCAGGAAACAAAGUUGGAGAGACAAGUGACGAAGGUUAAGCCGAAAUUAAAAGCGGAGGCUAAGAUGAAGAUGUGGGAGGAAGAUGAAAGCGGAGAAUGGAAUUAUACGAUUGAAAGGGUUCCACCCGAAGUUCCAAGCGUUGAAAAAGAAUCCACUACGGAGAUGCAACCAGAGCCAGCUAAGAUUGUGGUGGAAGAAGAAACGAAUGAGGUAGAACCAGAUCGGCAAGAAAAGCUGAAAAAGAAAAAACGUAAAUCAACAUCGACCUCACCGAACAGACGCAAGUCCAGUGAUCACGAAAGAAAAGAAUCGAGAAAACGAAAGUCAUCUUUGGAUUGCAAAGAGUGCAAAGAGUGUGCUAAAGCUGCGAAAGCCGAUAAUAAAUCGGAUAAUAUUCUCUCAAAGUGUAAACUGACAGAUGCGCAUUUAGCGAUCGAUCAGUUGAGAGUAUUGACGGCUAUGGGAGGAUUGUUCUAUGCCGGCAGAUUGAGUGCUGUGCAAGCACCUGAUGUUUACGCGAUUACCCUCGACGGUGAACGGGGCAAUAGACCUCAUAUACAUUCCCGAGAAGAAAUUCUCCGAGAUGCUAUCGUCGAGGUUUGUCCCUCCUCAACGAAGGAAUUACCACCUGGCACGAGACUCUGCGCUUACUGGAGUCAACAAUAUCGUUGCUUGUACCCUGGUACUUCUGUCGAACCCUCGGAGGCGGAUCCUGAACUCGAUGAAAAAUUCGUCAGCGUGGAAUUUGACGAUGGUGAUAGCGGCAGGAUUGCGUUGGACGAUAUUCGAUUGCUUCAACCUGAUUAUCCUGUUGUUGAAUACGAUCCCAAUCCUUUGCUCACAUUGGGAAAAAGGCGUAGACAAACAUCGAUGUCGACGGAUGAAAAACGUUCAUCAUCAGCUGGAAAUGUACGGGAUGCUCAAUCUUUAACGAUAGCUAGAGAUGGUCAAACGAACGAAAACUUAAUGGUUGAUCGAAAAAUUGAGGGUGAUGUGACGGAGCUCCGCAAAGGCGAUGGAGCGGAAGCUAAUGCUUUGGGAGAGCAUCGGGAGAGGAAGAGGCUGAAAAAAAGGAGACGCGAUAAACUUAAGAGACUCAACGAAGCUCAAGAGGGAAAGAAGAAACAUCGUAAGCACAAAUGUUGCGAGGAGCAUCGAAAACACAAGCACAGGAAACAUCGGAAACAUAAGCACAAGCACAAUCAUCAUAGUAGUUACAGCGAGGGGAGUCAUGUCAGUGGAGGAGAGAGCUGCAGUGGGCACAAAAGUGAGGAGGAAACGUCGCCGUCUAAUGAGAAUGCGGAAAAGGCGCUUGACAUUCCACAAGAAGAAGAGGAAGUAGGAGAAAGGAAUGAGGGACUAUGCCAACCUCAAGAAGAAGAGGAAGAACGUCUCGAUGAGCCGGUCGUCGAUCCAAUUAUACCGGAGGGGAAAGUUGAAAAACCGAAGAAACAAGAGAAGAAAGCAAAAGCUAGAGAACGUCAAGAAUCGGUGGAAAGUCGUAGCAAAAUGGCAGCGUUUUUACCGGCACGACAAUUGUGGGGUUGGGCAGGAAAAGGUUAUCGGAGACCGGGUGCGAAAGGUCGAGCGAAAAAACAAUUUUUCCGGGCUAUUCAACGCGGCAACGAGACUAUACAGAUCGGUGACAGCGCUGUAUUCCUCUCUACCGGUCGACCAGACAGACCUUACAUCGGUAGGAUCGAAUCGAUGUGGGAAACAUCGAGUUCAAACAUGAUCGUCAAAGUCAAAUGGUUCUAUCAUCCUGAAGAGACUGUCGGGUGUCCACCGAAUCUCAAAUAUCCGGGUGCGCUUUUUGAAUCACCGCACAUGGACGAGAACGACGUGCAAACGAUAUCUCACAAGUGCGAGGUCCUGAAAUUAGCAGAUUAUACGAAAAAAUUAGGAAAAGAACCGCACAGAUACUUAACGAUCUACGACAACAACGACAUAUAUUAUCUCGCUGGAUAUUACGAUCCGACAACUUAUCUUCUCAAUAUGCAGCCCGAUGUUGUUUGAGAAAAGCUCAAGCUGACGAUCAAGUUAACGGGAGUUAAUUGAUCCUCAGCGACGUGAAUUGAUCUUCAGUCUUGAAAAAAAAAAAAACGAACAAUGAGUAUAUUUUCAAAGGAAAAACAAAAAACAAUCAGAGAAAUGGACAAAGAUGCAAUAAUCUUGGAAUCGAGUGGCAUUAAACUGUUGAGCGGAAUGAUAACAAUACAGUUUCGACAAGAUCGAAAGAGAUAUUGUGUAAAUAUUGUAAAUAUUUAUGAAUAGCAACCUCAUAAUGAAAUUUCACGACACAUUCAAUUCGUGAAUAAUUUGAUGAAGCACAGUUAUUUUAUUAUUAUUAUUAUUAUUAUUAUCUUUUAACUAAUUUCAAAAACUCUUUUACGACGAAAGCCAAGAUGCGGUGAUUUACAAUGCUUAGUGAUAUAUGAGGAUGAAAAACGAUACACGGUGCUACGUAACCGUAAGCGUUAUUGUUAUUUUACUUUUUUCGCUUAAGAAUAGACGCUUGUUGGAGAGUUUUCAAAACUCUUUGCUCUAUCUAUAUCGGUAAAAAUCGAAUAUUUUAACAAUUGUUCGUCAAAGGUGAAAGAAUGAUCAGGUCGACAGUGUUGAGGAAUAGUGGAAAAUCAACUAGAGUUUUUGCGGCAAGUCGCAAUUUGUGCAAAGCAUUAGUUUUAAGGCGACUUCUUUACAAGUUCGUUUUUAUAUAUUUCGGAAAGACAAAUCCAUCCUACAUUUAAUCUUUGGCUUAAUAACCAUUAUUAUUUUUUAUAACAAGAGAAGUAAAUGGAAUAAGAAAAAAAACUCCGGCCAUUCGUGCGUUCUGAAUUUGUUUUGUUGGUUAAACAUACACUUUUUUAUUAUACCGCGAUAUUUAUGGGAAUCAAAAAACUUGUACAUAUUUGAAGAGACCCAUUAUUUUCGUUUAUUCCCUUACGCUUUAUUUUCAAUAAUUUUGCUGCGAUCUUUGGUUUUCAAAAAUGUUUUUUAUCUUAUGAUUUUGCGCGAUUUUGUAAAUGCUCAUGAACCGUAAAUAUGCUUUCGCUUGUUGAUAAUUUACGUUUUAUGGUUAUCAACUUUUAUGCACAUAUAUUCUUGAAUAUAUAUACAUAUAUAUAUAUAUAUAAAUAUGAUGAAUCUAUUAUGAAUAUGAAAUGUAUAUGAAGACGAAACUUUUUCAAAAGUUCAAGUACGAACUAGUACAAACUGAGAAACACAAUAAUUGUCGUCCGGUGUGAUAGUUGAUCGAUUUUCUACAGAAUGAGGCUGAAUGAGCACGAGAUCGAUGAAAUAUAGAAUGAGAGUAGGCUGGGGUAAUCGCCAACACUUAAAAUGUAACAUUUUACAACAUUUCAGAAACUUGAACCAAAAGUAUCGGCACAUUCAUCAACAUUCGCAACGCUUAGUCGUAGUGCUCAAUGCAUUCGAUACACAUUCUACUCGAAAUUCUUUGUUCAAAAUUUCUCAAGUACGUCGUACAGAAAUUAUAACGUAUAUUUUUAGGCAAAAUCAUUUUUAGCGUUUAUACAUGAUGAAAAUUUUGAUUGAGCGCAAAAUUGAUUCAAAUCACUAUUAAAAACUGAUAAACAUACAAAAUUGGUUGCAUAGAUUUUCUGAUGUGACACCGAUUGUUGCUAUACAAUUUUCUAAACAAAUUGUGCUUUCCCAAACGAAUGGACAUUGCAAAAAUACUUGGAAUAGUCCAUGCAGUAUUUUAUUUAAAACUAUAUCGAUUUUUUAUCAAUUCAAUUUCAUUCAAGUUAGUUAUCAAUUUAUUUGUUCGUUUGAUUUGCCCUUUCAGCUAGAUUUUUCAAAUUCAAUACUUUCACAACUUUAAGUUUUUUGGACGUUGUUGUAUACUUUGUUGAAUUAUAAAUGGCAGGAAUUCUUUGAGUGAUUCUCGUCCGAAAAACCAAGGAUUUUACGUCUAUUGAUGGCAGAGUUGUUUAAAAUGAAUCUGCAUUGUUCGCGAUAAUCCUUUCCUAUUAUUGCGGCCCGAGAUCUGCUCAAUGACGGAGAGAUCUUAAUAAUUACGCUGAUCAAAUAUUUUCCUGUCUAAACUCUAAAAUGUUUGUAGAUAAGAAUCGAGCCGCUACCGCGUCUCUUGAUAUCAAUCAAUUAGUAUUUUCAUUUGUAUGGCUGAGCAAACGAGCACUAAGAGUUUAUGAAUUUUGGUACGAAUUGUUGCGACACAGCGAGGUACGAAGGAAGAGUUGAUAAAUGUGCGAAAAUUGUUACGUGAGGCUUGAACUAUCGACGAAAUAUAAAGUAAAAUCGAGUCUGAUUUGAGACUGGUUUUUGUAUUUUUUAUUAUUUCCAAUGCGUUGUCAAUCGAUCUAACCGGUAGUGAAGAAAAUAUAAAUGGCUAAUGCGAAUUGAAGUGUAUGAAUGCAGAGCAGAAGAGCGAGAGGUGCGAAGUAACAAAGAAGAUACAAAUAUAUUAAGUAAAGAGGGAUAAAACAUGAAAUCGAUUAAAUCACAGAGACACUCGAUCUGUAGCGUUACUCAUAUAUAGUAUUUUUCCAUAAAGGUGCACCACGGUGGAGUCAGUCUUAGGCUUUUUUGUAUAACGGAAAAAAUGUGGCGAGAUAAACGAGAAAAUGAAGAAAUUAUACAAUCUAAAGUAGACUUGUCGCUGGCUCUGUUGAAACGACAUGUGAAAAAUUUUCAACUUUAUGAAACAUAUUCGCUUGUAGAUUUUUGUAUAUAUAAAAUGUAACUACGUAGAAAGCGGAAGGAUUUUUGUGUUCCGAUCAACCGAAGUAACAAGACUACAUUUAAUAAUAAUCGAGGGAAGGAAAAAACACUAAUUAGUUAACGUCAGAUCAUUCACAGUUGCAGUUGUUGAUACGUGGAUCUUUUUUCUGUUGAUAUUCGAUGAGAGAUACAAAGAAUUUUUAUAAAGAAUUGUGUUUUCCUUCUUUUUCAUAAUGGAACGAAUAAAAACUUAUGUAACAGUCCCUAUUUCAUGAUCUUAUUAUUCUCGUCAUCAUUAUCAUCACAGUUAUUUAAAUAAUCGACGAGGACAUUGUAAAUAGCAAACGAGUUCGAUCGAAAUGAAAUUUGACAUAGAGGACGGUGGAUCCUCAUUAAAUACUCUUUCAGGUUUUUGUUUAACAACUUUGAAAUUUAUAUUGAAAUAGAAAAUAAGUUUGGGUCUAUGGGGAAAGAUGAGAAAUAGUCGAGAUCGAUAGUGAUUUUCGGAUUGAACGUGUUUGGAAAAUAAAUAUAGGAACAAUGCAGGGAAAGGUUUCUGCUUAAUAUGAAAAUGAUUGGUCACAAAAUAUUUCAUGAAUUCCACACAUUGGCGAUUAUAUUUUUCAAAAAUACUUAUAAACGGAAAUACAUUAUGAUAAUAGUAUCCGUACUAGUCCAUAUCCGACAAUGAAACAGAAAAGCAACAAGGAAAUAAUGAAUCUAAAACGCAGCACAUCUAAAUUAAUAUUUCGAAAUUCGUGCUUGUCCGAACGACGAGUGACAUAUAAAAAUUACAUUGUACUUUAGGAUAAAACGAAAUUUCGAGUCACUAUAUUGAUGCGCUUCUUGUAAAUUCUACUUUGGCGAUAAAUUAACAAUAAAACAAACAAAUAAUGUGCGAAAGAGAUGAGAAGCGCAAAAUUAUGAGAUUGAAGCUAAAUCAUCACAUAUUUUAUUCUAAACGAAAACGAAAGAAAAAUCGAAUUAUUAUAUUUUAUUAAAUACACGACGAUGAGACAAGGGGACAAUUUCGAAUACGUAGUUUUAGGGAAAUAAAUGCGGUCUCGGUGCAAAACGAACCAAGAAAUACGCUGGUUUUUCGUAUGAGAGAGAGAGCGAGAAAAUAAAAUAUAGCGAAGGUGUGAGAAAAGUGACGGAAGAAGGAUGAAGAAAUUGAGAAUGUUCGAACGAAUAUCUUCCGUUUGUAUUUUCUUAUAACAAUUUUUUCCGACGAACUCGGCCGGUGCAUCACAAUUCCGUGUUACCUUAGAGAACGAGAAGUAGAAAAACGAAAAAUUGAACAAAUGUUUUUUGAGAUUCGCAUUAAUUUGCAAUCGAAAACGUGUUUUUUCCAUCCGGUUCGUUUAAAACGAAACUGCAUAAAGGUGACAUUGACAGAAUUAUUAUAUAUACACACACACACACACUGAUAUAACGGCGAAAAAAUGUACGAGCGUGUGAGUGCGUGUGUUAAUUAGUGGUCGGAUGCGAACGGGAGCCCGAAAAAAAGGGAAAGAGAAGGAGAGUGAAAGAGCGAGAGCGAGAGCGAGAGAGAGAGAGAGAGAGCGAGUUAAUUAAACUAAAAAGUUAGUUAAACUAAAAAGAGGUCGAACUCAAACGUGUUUCAUAUUAUGCUUUUAGAUGAGUCAGUCAGCGUAAAUAAGAAUGAAAUAAAAUAAAUAUUAUAUGAAAACAAA